AUGGGGGUUUAUUUGGGAGUCCCGGUAACAGGGCCAGCAGCACAAGAGCAGCAUGUGUUACAUCGCAGCGGCGCAGAUGCGUGGUUGGACAGCGUGAUUGAGGAUGAUGCAGAGAAUGUGCCGGCACCGCCACCUCUUCCAAGAGAUGCCCCAGAAUCAGGUCCGGGUUUGUCUGAGCCUGUUGACUGGGCAGAGCUGAGGCGAGAGCAGCGCCGCACUGCUAAGACCUGGGUGGCCACCGUUCCGGGACCGCGGUUGGCGAACUUGAACGACACGAGCAGGCCGCUACAGGAGUUGCUGACCAAGUUUCUCUACAUCUCCAGCGAUAAGUGGGAGCAGCAGCAACGUUUGCAUGCCAUGCAGUCUGGUGAUCGUUCCUAUGCAGUUCUUGAGCUGGCGUCGGGUUCAGAUGUGAGCAAGGCUAUGGAGGAGACGUUGAGGAAGUGCUUGGAGGCAAUCCCAGCUGUGCCGUCAGCUUUGGUUGACAUACCCUUGAAGAUCCAGCGUUUCUGUGCCAUGUCCUGCGGUGCAUCUGCACUACAUGCAUUGCUACGGCUUCCUGCCCAGGGCAUGCCAUACCAGUUCUUCAAGCUGCUGAAGGAACGUCGCGUUGGUGAGCUUCUGGACGAGAGGCAAUGGCCGAAGUGCAUGCUGGACAGCCUGGCCAGAGCCAUGCUGGUCAAGUUCCCCACGGCUGCUGCCCUGAAGAGCGACGAGUGUCAAGCCAUCGCAGAGGUCCUGAGCAUGAUGUUUGAUAGCGAUAUCUCUGACAUCGAAUGCCGGCACGCUCAAACGCGAGACCACAGCAAGGUGCGAGCACGAGGUUGGGUACCUUCCUUGGAGACACUUGCAGCCAAGUUCGCUUUGCGCGGGAGCAAUCACGCCCGCUACAAUCCAGAACCAGGCCGUCGCAGUUGGAAGACAAGGACCCCUAAGAAGAAAAAGGGGGGUGGCGGUGCGUGGAGGGCUUUUGUUCAGCAGCACGCAGAGGGUGUCAGGAGUGCGGCAGAACUUGCGGUCAAGUACCGGCACCUCAGCCGCGCUGAGAGAUCGCGAUUGGAGCUUGCGGGCAAGAUUGCAACGGCAGCCCACAGACAAGGACACAGCAGCUUUGGUGUCAGACAGAGAGCCCCUCAGAAGGCUCCAGGCGGUUUGGCCCUUGUGCCAGGCCUCUUGCACGCAGAAGCCAUGGUGGCUGAAGAUGAGCAGCCCAUGUCCAUGCUUGAGGCAGAACGGCGGGAUCUGAACUUUUAUGACGGCCCGACCUUUGCGGAACGUUAUGCGACUUGGAAACAGGAACAACAGCAGGUGAUGGCGGCAUCCAAUCAAGACACGGAGCGCGACAGCGAACUGGCAAAGUUCGCAUUGGACCUGCAGCCAUUGCCGCCCUUGGCAAGCCAUGCUGCAAAGCAUGAACCUGGCUUGGUGAGCUCGGAGCAUUUCGGCCGUUUUCCUUGCGUGCUGAGCAAACUCAACGCAUUCGAGUGGAUGCCCAACAUUUCACGCAUGGUGCAGGAGACGCUUGGCCGACAGAAUGUGGCGCUGAAGAGAAGACUGAAAGUUGUUCAGACACUCCUCAGUGACUGGACCCAGAAGUGCGAGGUUUAUUUCCAUGACGACCAGGAGCCUGUGGUGGAAGACAAGUGCCGUUUUUUUCGACCCAGCCCGUGUUUCUUGAACGGUUGCUGCAGCUGUGAUUCCAAGGAAAGUGUGAAUUUCCAAUCCAAGUUGUCGAGAUAUCUGCGGUCUGUGUUCAGCAAGAAGGACGGUGUUGUGCCCAAGGAGCGAUUGUUGCUGGAUCGACGUCUUGUUUUCCUGGCCUUCCACACUCAGGAUGUCCGCUCCAGUGCUGCGACGGUGAACAAGGCGGAGAUCUUCAUGCACGUAGCCUACGUGAACUUGACAUCGUGGCGGUUUACUGGAUUGAAGAUGCACCCUGUUCGCUGGAGCGAAGAUGGCUGCGUCACGUUGCAGAUCAUUGCUGACAGCAGCACUGCAGCGGAUGCUUCUCUGCAGGUGCAAACAGAUAUGGAGCUCUGCCUUCGCUCUCUCAACUUAAGCACAGGUUGCGAGGUUUCGUUGUAUGUCCUUUCAGACAAGACCUCUCAUUGGGAGCCACAGCAAGGAGUCAAUUUGGUUCCUGUGGUCGCUCUGCCAGAUUUCUCCUUCCACUGGAUGAAUGACGACGGUCCUGAGCCCUCCCGGCGUGGUGGACGUGGUAAGAAGAGACAGAGGAACGAUGAAGACAUGGACGAACUCGAGCUGGCGCAGCGAUUGUUGGAUCCAGGGCCAAGAGCUGCCCAGACAAAGUCUGCUCCCAAGCGUGGAGCUAGCGACCAGGCAGCCGGCGAGCAGCCUUCCGAGGAUGAGGACCGUCUGGACCGUGAAUCUGUCGCGGCUUCGGAGGCCUUGGAAUCUCAAGGCUCAGCUGCGUCUGCUCUCAGCUGGCUCGAGGAGUUAGACAAGGCGUCGGAAUCAGCAAGCGAUGCCUCCAGUACAGAUGGCAGCGACGUCAUCGCGGAAUUGUUUCCUGUGGAGGGCGCCAAGCAAGCGGGGGAGGCUGCGCCAGUCAGCGCACGUGAGGCUGGCGAGGCUGUGCCAGCGGACGCAAAUGCAAACCAAGCUGGCGACGCUGCGGCAGCUGGCGAGGGUGUGGCAGCGGCAAGGCGCGCGGCUGCUUUGCGGGACCGUACGGGCACGCAAACUCUACGCAUCGGCUCGUUUGGGGAGCUCCGGUUUCUGCCGCAGAGCUCCCAAUUCGUUGCUGUGUGCGAACAUCCUGCGCACGGGGACUGCCGACGUGCGAGGACUGCCAUUGGCAGCAGCAGCGACAGACUGAACACUGCGAUGCAGAGAGGACAAGGACGUCCGCUGGGAAUGCUCACCGCUUGGCUGCAAGCCCAACAUGCGCAUGAGUCGCAGCAAAGUCACUGCCAUGGCUUCGCAGCAAGCCUGGAGGUGUGCCGAUCAGCGAGAGAUUACAUGCUCACGCUUCCUGGUGGCUCUGAUUUCUCCCAGCGUUUUGAGCGCCCUUGCAGACCGGAUGAGCCGGCAGAACCGGCAGGCAUCAGGUAG